UUGGCUGAGAAAGUCCUCUCGAGCGAGCGGAAGCAAAAAACGUCUUCAGGUGGAGGGGGCGGUCCGACAGGGUGAAAGGUUGCAAAUGUCUUCAAGGAACACAGCAGAACGCAGACCAGGGCAUUUUGGUAGAUCUGUGCAUUAUGACGAAGUGUAUGUUGAUUCCCCUUCUCUAGAAGAUGCUGAAAGAGAUUUUCAGGAUAAUGGACAAAUACUGAAUGCAGCUCCCUUGCCGCCGCCCCCUCUUCCUUUGCAACCACCUUUUGGGCCUGAAUUUUAUCCAAGUGACAGUGAAGAACCAGCUGAAGUCUCUGAUCUCAAGCCAGUAAGAAAAUUUGUUCCAGACUCAUGGAAGAACUUUUUCAAGGGGAAGAAAAAUGACCCUGAAUGGGACAAACCAAUACCUGCCAUUUCUGAUGCAGUUGAAUGCUCUCCACCCUCAUCGCCCACACUUAAACAAACUUCAGUUCCCAGUUCUUACCAGGAUCCAUAUGGAGGAUCAGGAGGGACCUACAAUUCACACAAAGAAGUCGAAGCCAUGAUUCCUUCUGAUCCCUAUGGGUCGUUGGGGCGGCAAACUCAAACAGCUGUGGCUUACAGUGAGAAGGUAGAAGCGUAUAAUCUGAGAUACUCGUACAUGAAAUCAUGGGCAGGCCUGCUAAGGAUCCUGGGUGUUGUUGAACUACUCUUAGGAGCAGCUGUGUUUGCUUGUGUCACAGCUUAUAUUCACAAAGACAAUGAAUGGUACAACAUGUAUGGUUUCUCGCAGUCGUAUGGCUAUGGGACAAGCAGUAUGUAUGGAGGCUAUUAUUACAGCGGACCUAAAACACCCUUUGUUCUUGUUGUGGCAGGACUUGCUUGGAUUGUGACUAUUAUCCUUCUAGCUCUUGGCAUGUCAAUGUAUUACAGGACCAUUCUCCUGGAUUCUCACUGGUGGCCUUUAACUGAAUUUGGGAUCAAUGUUGCUUUGUUUAUUCUGUACAUGUCAGCUGCUAUAGUCUAUGUAAAUGAUGCCAACAGAGGAGGACUCUGCUACUACCCGUUAUUUAACACGCCAAUGAAUGCCUCAUUUUGCCGUAUAGAAGGAGGACAGACAGCGGCAAUUAUCUUCCUGUUUGUAACAACAAUUAUUUAUCUUAUUGGUGCGGUUAUUUGCCUAAAACUGUGGAGGCAUGAAAGUGCACGAAAACACAGGCAGCUUUUGGAACAAGAGACGAAGACACAAUCUUUUUUACCGAAAAGAAUGUAUGAAGAUGAAGGUGACAGUCCCAGGGAAGCAAAAAAUCAAAAGAAAAACAUAACUUUGGAAAUGAAACCUGAACUGCUUAAUGGCCAUAUACCAGCAGGGCAUAUUCCCAAGCCUAUAGUGAUGCCGGACUACUUAGCAAAAUAUCCAGUAAUCCGGAGCGAUGAGGAAAGAGACCGUUAUAAAGCUGUCUUUAAUGAUCAGUUUGCUGAAUAUAAAGAACUUUCUGUUGAGGUUCAGGCAGUCUUAAAGAAAUUUGAUGAGCUGGAUGCGUUGAUGAGGAAGCUCCCUCAGCAUCCUGGAAACACCCUUGAACAUGAUAGAAUUUCAAAGGUUUUGCAAGAAUAUAAAAAGAAAAAGAACGAUCCUACCUUUCUGGAGAAAAAAGAACGUUGUGAAUACUUAAAGAACAAACUUUCUCACAUAAAACAAAGAAUUCAGGAGUAUGACAAAAUCAUGAAUUGGAAUAGUUAGUAGCGACAUAACUUUACCUAUAAGGGUUUCUUUCUUUUUUUUUAAAAAAACUAUUUAUUGCCACUGCUGUGCAAAUAUUCUUCUGUGAGACCAAGUACUAAUUGAGCACUAUCCACAGUUUAAGUAAUCUAUUAAUAACCUUCAUCAUCUUGAAUAAAGUGUAAAUAGUGUAUUACUUCUAUGUAUUUUUUAUGAUCCUGUUCUUUUGAUCAUAUAUACAAAUGUAUUCUUUUGCUUUCCUCUUGUUUUAAGAUGUUUUUAUUUCUGUAUUUGAAUAUAAUAUUGUGAACGGUGUUUUGUAUAUGUAUGGUUGUAAUAAUGAAUUUAAUAUGAGAGAACUAUAUUGUGAAUUUAGCCCACACCUUUCUCUAUAACUACACACAAGCCCGGGCAUUGCUGCGUACACAUAAUUGUGUAAUGCCUAGUCAUCCAAUAGAUAGUCAAUGCUGUCAGCUUUGGUAAGGCUGAUCAUCUGUUUUGAGUGGAGCAGGGGAGCCUGAAUCAUGCAACCUUCCUCAUCCUUUAAGAAUAACAAUACCUAACUUCACAAUAACCCUUCUGCAUGGGCCAAUUUCACCAGUUCAGUUCCUAUAUGGCAGUGUUUUUUUAAUGACCAUCUGCAUCUGAUUUGCUGCUAUGAGUAGUCACUCUGGCUACUAUGCAGCUUUUCCACUGCUUUCCUGGGAGUGCUUAUACCCCAACAUUUUUUUAAAAAAAAUCUGUUUUCCAGUCAGCUGUUUUCCCAUGGAUCCUCUUUAUUCUGCCUUUUAGUCUUCCACCUUCUGCCCCUCCUCCCAUUUCAUUGCGACGGGCUGCUGUUGUCUAUUUAGCCAGUCCUUUCCCCUCCUCUCUAUUCCUCCCCCUUCCCAUUUCCUCUCCCACUGUUUUAUUUUGGGUCGAGAGGGAGAAAUCCAGGAAAUAGAUUGAUCCAACAAUGCAUCAAUUCAUUGCAUGUGCAGAAAGAAAGGGCUGGUGCUAUUCCAUCACCAAUGACAGCAUCAGUGAGGAAAACACCAGCACUCAUUGAUCUCGACGCGUUUUGACACAGUGCAGACUAAGGAAUGGCACCACACAGACCAAACAUGAGAGGUGCAAAAGGACCCGGACAAGUUGAUUCCAUGCUUAACUUUUGGGAUAGUGAGGACGGAGUUAUGUUCCCAGUGCAGAAGGAGCUAAUGUCACCCCCCAAAUCAGGCAAAGUGAAAUGGUGAGGGUGAACAGAGCUAUCUUUCAUUUGGCUGUUACCAGGGCUUUUUUUCCAGCAGGAAUGCAGUGGAACGGAGUUCCGGAACCUCUUGAAAA